UCUGUACUGUACGUUCCCCCUCAUCCCAAAUGGAUAAAGUCAGCCUAUUCCAAACAUCUCUAUUUCGCUACGUCUUUUACACCUUGUUUCUACACUCUGAUCACUUGUUUACUGAUUAGUAUUUCCAUACUUAAUUGCACAAAAUGGGUCUGAAGGGAAGCUGCAUGUGCAAGGCGAUCAAGUACGAGAGUGCUGAGGACCCUCAAGUCACCGCGCUGUGCCAUUGUACAGAUUGCCAAAAGUGGAGUGGUUCGGCCUUCACCUCCAACGCCGUUGUCCCCCGUGCAUCUUUCAAGGUCACUCAAGGUGAGCCCAAGUUCUACGACAUCACUGGUGACUCGGGCAAGAACAACAGGCACUUCUUCUGCUCCAACUGCGGGUCUAGCCUGUACACCGAGCUGGACUUAAUGGCCGACGUCACGUGUGUCAAGGCUGGUGGACUCGACGAGGGAAAGGCGAGCUUGGAGGGAAAGCCUGCUGUUGAGUUUUACUGCAAGGAUCGGGUUUCGUACUUGGUCGACGUCAAGGGCGCUGAUCAGAAGCCCGCCUUUAGUUGAACGGUCAGAAAUGUACAUGUAGUUCAGGGGGCUGUUUGUUUGGCGUGCGUUGAAGUUGCAUGAGAAAUAGAGUAAGUCAGUUCAUACCAUGCACAUUUAAUUCUUUUCCUGCGUGUAGUCCG